AAGCUACCAUCUUGUCCGACCUGUCACUUGCUCCCUCAGUCCUGCACUCUCCCUCUCGCGUACUUCCUAGAAUUCCUACUGCUGUUGUGGAAAGUCAACUCUUCCCACCUGCUUAUCCUUACUCCCAAUUUCAACCUAUCACUAUAUCUCCAUCUUGCGUGAAACGACCCCGCAUCUUCUAAAAUGGCUGCCCCCACAGAAGUCACCAUCAAGAACCUCAGCGGAGAAUGGACAAUGAACAAAACACUGUCCAACUCUACAGACCCGAUCCUGUCACUGCAAGGGAUGAGCUGGCUCACCCGUAAAGCCCUCAACAUCGCCACCGUUACUCUACACAUCAACGCUUACCCCGACUCCGAAGACGCUUCCGUCAUCCACAUCCACAUCGACCAGACCCUAACAGGUGGCGUCAAGGGAACCAGCGAGCACCGCCUCAGCGACGGCAAGAAGCGCGAGCACACCGAUCACCUUUUCGGCCAUGUGGAGGGCCAAUCGCGGUACAUCCGCGGCAGCACCGGCAGUGAUGGGAGAGUCCGGCCCAACCAAGCCUUCCUGACCAAGAGCAAUGACCCCAAGGUGGUUCAGUUCCUGAACGGGGAGAUCCUGGCGGACGGAAAGCAUUCGGACGGUUUCCUCGUGGAGACCAGUCUGGGUCAGGAGUUUGGCGAGGGCGAGGGUCUGUGGUUCCAGAGUUUUGUGGAGAGCCUUGACAACGGAUGGACGGCGGAACAGAUCUGGGGCUUUGAGGUGAUUGAUGGUGAACGCUACUAUACCCGUCGCGUAGUUGUUGCUAAAGGUAAGCAAGUCGAACUGGCUAGAUUCGUGUAUAGCUACGUCGGUCCGAGAAAGGAGUAAACCGGGCGUGUAUUGAGGAAUUAGCAACGGUGGCUGGACGAAUGAGUCUUUGGAGAGGACCGUGCGUCUUUGUCAUCUUUAUGUGGCAGGUCUGCUGUAGAGUAUCUUUACAUCCCGCUUGUUUGGUUCUCGAGGCUGGGUACGCGCUUGUUUUCCUACUCAGUUCAGCAUAGACCUAAUUGAAUCCUGUUCAUACACAAUUCAC